UGCUUCUUGGAACUGACCCCAGAGCAGCUGGAGCAGCACAGAUUCAAUCAAACCCAAGUGAAAUCAGCUGCUCUGCAGACUCACAGCUCUCCAUUGGAGUCAUCUUCCAAACUUGUUUCAAAGCAUUCAGCACAGAUUAAAGGAGGAACAACACACACCUGCAGAUAGUUUGUCUGCUGCUCCGCUGUGAAAACAACUUCAAUGACUUAUACCCAGAGCUGAACACUUCAGGCCCACAUUUGCUCUCACUACUCUGUGUGUGUGUGUGGGACCUGACUCCUGUGAUUCUCCAACAAACAAGAUGCAGAACAGGACUGAGAAGUUUGGAGCUCAGCUGCCUCUCUUUGCUCCAGCCAGCAGCUCUCAGCGAGGUCUGCUCAGGAAGAGCACCACCUACCUGGCUAAGAUCGCUGUCGUCCUCCAAGACGCUCCAGCCAAGAUGCUCACUUUCACACAGUUGAUGGACAGACUGGCACCAUUAAUCUCUGAAGACAGAAAAUCUGUUGAGAACAACAUCAGAGUCUGUUUAUCAAGCAACAAAUGUUUUGUCAAGAUUCCAGUGGUCCCAGAUUCUCUGGACAGUAAGAGAAACUACUGGAAACUGGACCACAGUCAGAUCACAGCAAAGAUGGUGCGUCGUCACUUCAAAGGCAUCCUGAUCCUCUUCCCUGAGAUGGCCUCCAAAGUGGAGAAGGAGAACACCAGCAGACCAUCAGAGCGCUGCUCAGCUCUCCACUCUCCUGAACCUGCAGCCUGCAGAGCUGUUCAGGUCAAAUGUGAGGUGAAGUUCAGCAGUCCUUUCUCCAUUGAAUCCCUCCUGAAGAGAGACAGUCCCUCUGCUCAGGCCUCCAGAGCUUCUCCUCUGUGCAGAGUGCCGGUCAGAGCGGAGCAGCAGCCUCGCUCCACACACAGACCACAUGGGACAAAGAGGAGCUUCAGCUGGGACUCUGAGGAGCCUCUCCUCCUUCAAGCUUCAGCUGGAAGUUCCCCCAUCUGCUCAGCAGGGGGCAGCACACACCGUGGACUCACUGCUAAUGGAGCUGCUCAGCCCAUCAAGAGGAUGCAUGUGUGCUCUCAGUCCUCAUUCCCUGUCUGCACAAGAGCCAGUGCUGCUCCUUAUUUCACCAGCCCACACAGCGGUUACAUCACUUACUCUGUACCAGCAUUUACCCAUGAUGCUCUCAGGUUUCGUUUGUGAAAGUAUUUUUCCUACUUACAAAUUGCACUUUUAUAUUCUAUAUGUUUUUGACUGUACACUUCAGAGAGUUCCUUCUUUAAAAUCAGACACGCUUUCAAAUCACACAAGGCCCAUACUUGGUCUCAUGUGUGUCAUAUUUUAUAUAUGUGUGUAUAGGCAGAUAAUUCGUGGUUAAAAUCUCCUGAAGCUGUACCUUUUUUAUAUGCAGUGUGUAAUACACUCAAUGGGACAUUUUAUAUAUAUAUAUAUUUUUUUUAGUGUCUUUUGUGUUUGAGAUCAGUAUCUGACCACAAGAGGGCAGCAUAGUGUUUUAAAGUUCAGCUUGAAAUAUAACAACCCACAUGUCAAACUCAGCAUGAUUAAAAGUGUUUCUUCUGUAUCCUGGUGCUUACAUGUGACUUUUAAAAAAAA